ACGCCGCACUCCCAACGUAUGCACGCAUGGCACCGGAAGCGGAAGCGCCUGGGCAGUUCCGGCGGAAGUGGCCGUCGUCCGGGGAGACGCAGCGCUGCGGUGGGAAUGUGGCGGCGGCUGCUGGUGCUGCUGCUGGCCGCGGUCGGCCGGGCCCUCCCGGAGGGGGCGGUGACGGAGCCGGGCGCCGGCGGUUCCGGGCCGAUCAGCGGCGAAGCGGUGCGGUACCGGACGGCGGAGAUGGCUGACGCGAUGCUGGGCAGCGGACCGCCGGGCCAGCCGCCCGUGGUGCUCUCGGCGGUGCCGGGAGAGGCGAGAGAAGGGCGGGAAGCGGAGGCUUGCGAGGCGUCGGCCGGCGGAGGGGAGUGCAGCGCUGGGAGCGGGCCCGGGGCUCCUCCCGCCCCGACCGGAGAGGCCGUCGUGCUGGAGACCGUGCUGCCCGCGGGCGAGGAGCCCAACGGCACUGCCGAGGGCGUGAAGGCCCCCAAGGUGAGCUGCGAGGAGAGGAACGUUACUGGUAUCAGCAACUUCACGGUGCAGAUCCUGAACGUGUCCCAGGAUCUGAUGGAGUUCUUAAACCCAAACAGCAGUGACUGUACAUUGGUUCUGUUCUAUACGCCAUGGUGCCGCUUUUCCGUAAGCCUGGCACCUCAUUUCAAUUCUUUACCUCGAGCAUUUCCCAUUCUUCGCUUCCUGGCACUGGAUGCAUCACAGCACAGCAGCUUAUCAACUCGGUUUGGAACUGUAGCUGUACCCAAUAUCCUCCUUUUCCAAGGUGCUAAACCUAUGGCUAGAUUUAAUCAUACAGACAGAACACUGGAAACACUGAAAGACUUCAUUUUUAAUCAAACAGGUAUAGAAGCUAAAAAUGAUGUGACUGUGACAGAGGAAGACUGGAAGGGGCCUCUGCCCAGUGUUCUGACAAAAGGAGUAGACUGGCUGCUCGUGUUUUCUGUGCUCUUUCUGGCCAGCUUUAUCAUGUAUGCUACCAUUCGGACUGAGAGCAUUCGGUGGCUGAUCCCAGGGCAAGAGCAUGAACACCAAGAGUGACUGGAGGUGCUGAAGCAGGGACACAAUUUCCUGUGUGUAAAGCAGGUUUCACGUGGAGUGGAAGUACUUAAGAAUGAACUGUUGAAUUUCUUGGUUGUAAUUUAUAAUGUCGAUGGAAAAUCAGCUUUAUUUACCAACUACUGAGUUUUUAUAAAGUGAACUGAGGCAAAUAGAGUGGUGAGUAAACUACUAUGGAAGAACAUGAACUAAGUAAGUGUUUACUAAAGUGCUCUGACCUGUUUGUUUUUCAUGGACCUUACUGUAAAUGUGUGAUACCGUUCUGCUUCACUUUUAUGAAGAGAUCUCUGAGCUUUGUAAAUCUAAUACAGCACAUUGGCCUGCAUAUGUUGCAGCACCUGGCUGGAGUGCAAGGUUGCUUCUGUACGGCUGAAAUCUGGGAAUCUUCUUUUACAAACCUAGAAGUGUAUGAGGUGGUGCUUCUACACAGACGCUGUGCUCAACACAUUGGAAUUAGAAUGUGUUUUUGGUUCAUGGAUUCCUGAAAUGAAGAAGUUUUCCAGGGAUGCACAGGUGAAUGGUGGUGUCACUAAACCAGUUUGUCAGUGAAAUAAACUAUGAAGAAGAGAGAUAUGUUUUAAAA